AUGCACAUUAAACAAGUUAUUAUUCAAGGAUUUAAAAGUUAUCGAGAGCAAAUUGUUGUUGAACCUUUUGAUAAGCGGCACAAUGUAGUUGUUGGGCGUAAUGGAUCAGGCAAAAGUAACUUCUUUCAUGCUAUUCAAUUUGUACUCAGUGAUGAGUUCUCACAUCUCCGACCAGAACAAAGACUGGCUUUGCUACAUGAAGGUACAGGACCCAGAGUAAUUUCAGCCUUUGUGGAAAUUAUAUUUGACAACUCUGAUAACAGAAUUCCUAUUGACAAGGAUGAGAUAUUUCUUAGAAGAGUUAUUGGAUCAAAGAAAGAUCAGUUUUUCCUCAAUAAGAAAGUGGUUCCUCGUUCAGAAGUGUUGAAUCUCUUGGAAAGCGCUGGCUUGUCUAAUUCGAAUCCAUACUAUAUUGUCAAGCAAGGAAAGAUUAAUCAAAUGGCCGUAGCACCAGAUUCACAUAGAUUAAAAUUGUUGAGAGAAGUUGCUGGUACUAGAGUAUAUGACGAGCGGAGAGAAGAAUCUGUGACCAUAUUAAAAGAGACUGUUGGCAAGGUCGAGAAAAUCAAUGAUUUCCUAAAAACCAUUGAAGAGAGAUUGAAGACACUCGAAGAGGAGAAGGAAGAGUUGAAAGAAUACCAGAAGUGGGAUAAGUCUCGCAGAGUGCUAGAGUUUAUCAUCCACGACACAGAACACCGUGAGAAUAAGAGGAAGCUUGAUGAUUUACAAAAAAUGCGUGCGAAUAGCGGCAAAGAACAACAACAUUAUGCUGAUCAGGUUAGAGAAGCGCAAGAACAUGUCAGAGAAUCUAACAGGAAACUAAAAGAAGCAAGAAAGGAUGUAGCGGCAGCUCGAGAAGAGAAAGACAUUUUAUCGACCGAACAGCAACAGCUGUUGAGGGAGAAGACCAAACUGGAGCUGGGUAUUAAAGACCUUACUGAUGAUGUCGAUGGCGAUAAUAAGUCCAAGGAACGUGCCGAAGCAGAAUUGGAGCGUUUAAGACAACAAAUAUCUGAGAAAGAGAGGGAAUUGGAGGAGUUAAAACCAAAAUAUGAAGAAAUGAAGGCGCGUGAAGAGGAAUGUACGCGCGCAUUGGCCUUAAACCAACAGAAGAGACAGGAGUUGUAUGCCAAACAGGGACGGGGCACUCAGUUCACCUCCAAGCAAGACAGAGAUAGAUGGAUUGAGAAAGAGCUGAAGUCCCUAAAUAAACAGCUUAAAGACAAAAAGGACCACGAAGUAAAACUACGUGAUGAUUUACGACGUGACGCGACCAAACUGACAGAGUUGGAGAAGAGAAUAGAAGAACUCACCAAGGAAAUGGAGCGACAGAGGGUAGCGAUAGAUGAUCAUAACAAGCAGUAUUACGAGUGUAAGAAGAAAAAGGACCAGGAGCAGAGUACAAGAAAUGAAUUAUGGCGUAAAGAAACAACUUUAACCCAAAAUCUGUCUUCACUAAAAGAGGAUUUGGCCAAGGCCGAUCAAGCUCUGAGGUCUAUGGCUGGAAAGCCAAUAUUAAACGGACGAGACAGUGUCCGUAAAGUGCUAGAGACGUUCCAGGAGCGAGGCGGGGAAUGGGCCAAGAUCGCGACUCAGUACUUUGGCCCGGUUAUUGAGAACUUCACUUGUGAUAAGACCAUUUAUACAGCUGUUGAGGUUACAGCUGGAAACAGAUUAUUCCACCACAUCGUGGAAUCGGACACAGUCGGUACCAAAAUUUUGAAGGAGAUGAACAGACAAAACUUGCCCGGAGAAGUGACCUUUAUGCCUUUGAACAGAUUGCAAGUCAGGGAUAUGGUGUAUCCUAAUGAUAAUAACGCCAUUGCUAUGGUCCAAAAACUGAAGUACGAUCCCAAGUACGCCAAGGCCAUGAAGUAUAUAUUUGGGAAGACACUCAUAUGCAGAAACCUCGAAUGUGCGACAGAACUUGGGAAACAAUACCAUUUGGAUUGUGUCACUUUAGAAGGAGAUCAGGUAUCAUCAAAAGGUUCGCUAACAGGAGGUUACUUCAAUCAAUCCCGGUCUCGACUUGAGAUGCAAAAGACGCGAUCAGAAUUAAUGGAACAAAUAACGACACUCGACGAAGAACUGAGCACGUUAAGACAGGAAUUGAAUAAGACUGAGACAAGUAUUAAUUCAAUUGUUUCCGAAAUGCAAAGGACUGAAACCAAACAAGGGAAGGCCAAGGACAUUUUUGACAAAGUGAAAGCCGACAUACGUCUAAUGAAGGAAGAGUUGAGUUCCAUAGAGCGGUUCCGCGGGCCAAAAGAACGAUCCUUGGCCCAGUGCAGGUCCAGCCUUGAAGCUAUGCAGGCUACUAAGGAAGGCCUUGAGUCUGAAUUACAUCAGGACAUGGAUGUUGUUUCAAUCACCAAAGAGAUCAACUACGAACAUUGUAUCUUAACGUUACUGGCUGGUAAAGAACAUCAGCGCUUUCCAAAUUUAAAAAGAAAUUCCUGCAGUAAACUUGCGCCGAAGGCAUUCUUUAUUUGA